AUGGCACAACUCAGCAUCCAAGACAAAGUGGAAAAGCGACGCUGCUCAAGCAGCUCCACCAAAACCCGGUCACCGUCACCCGCGAAGACGGAAAAAUACAUAAUUCAAAAGCUCCACAAGGAGUUUCAGUCGACAAAUGACACCAUCGGCAAUGGUAACUUCGCCAAAGUCAAGAUCGUGCAUAGGAAAGAGCAGGGCACGCUGGUGAAGUAUGCGGCCAAGUUCCUCAACAGGGAGGAAGGAGAGCUCGACUUGUUAUAUGCGGACCGGGCUCGCAGGGAGUUCAACAUCGCCAGGGGCCUCCAUCAUCCGAAUAUCAUCGAGGUUAUCAGCCUCUGCAAAUACAAGCGUCGCCUGGCUUUUGUUAUGGAGUACUGUCCCCAUGGCGAUCUGUGUGACUUGAUCCAAGGGAACACUCUUCGCCAUGGGGACAAAAAGUGCCUCCUUAAACAAAUGCUCAGGGGUGUUGCACACAUGCAUAGCCAUGGUAUCGCACACCACGAUAUUAAACCGGAGAACAUGGUCCUGGCCGAUGAUAACGUCCUCAAGAUUAUCGACUUUGGGCUCUCCGAGGUCUUUGCUGACUUCCUCCCUCCCAACAGCCAAGGGGAGAGGGAACUUGGCCCGGUCCGCAGCUUCCCUACUCGUCUCCGCGGCACACCUGCCUACUUUCCACCAGAGGUACUUGACUGCAGCGACUACUACGACGCCCGAGCCCUCGAUGUGUGGAGCUGCGCCAUAACCGCCUUCGCACUCUUCGUCGGCAGAUUACCCUGGGAACUAGCCAACGACGAUGACGAAGUCUACCAAGUCUUCCAAGGAAGCUGGCAGUACCUCCUCGAAGAAUACCCCGAAGUACCUGUAACGGCAGACAACUUCCCACUUACACCUUUCGCCGCUGUAUUUCGGGAGAAGGAGCUUGCGACCCUGCUUCUCCGGAUGCUGCACCCGUUUCCGGAAAGGCGAAUGACGAUUUUCGAAGCGUUGGAGGAUCCCUGGGUUCAGGCUAUUUAG